AUGCCUUCUGGCCCUCCAAGUCGAUUAUACGCAUGGGUGUAUCUUGCACGAAAAUACGCUGAGCUUUUAGUAAGGCUACCAUUUAUAGGCAUCUGGUACAUUCCCAAAUCCAACCGGCCUUACCCUGGAUGGUCUUGGGGACGAGCGCUCCUCGUUUAUGUGGCUAAUUUUACAUGGGAGAUUCCUUAUCGCACGGGCCGUUUGCUCGACCGAGAUAUUAACAGAGAAGUUCCGGCUAAGGAGUGCAUGGGUACUAAAUUCAUGUGGAUUCAGCCUGUGCCAGAGCAUUUUAUUCAAGGCGAGAUCAAGGGCUAUGCUGAAUCUGCCAAAGUUAAACCAUGUCGCAUCCCCGCUUAUGGAUUUGGAGAUUGGGGCCAAGAAAAGCUUCUACAUGCGCGGGAUAGCGAAAAGAUUGUUAUGCAUUGUCACGGAGGUGCUUACGUGAGUCGAACUGCCCACCCAGAGGACCUGACUGCUGGAGUUUCUAAGGGGAUAGUGAAAUUCAGCAAACCAACUGUUUCUCGUACGCUAUCUAUCGAGUAUCGCUUGAGCAGCUCGGCUCCCUGGCCGUCGAAAUGGCCAUUCCCUACGGGUUUGAUCGAUGCUCUAUCAGGGUACCAUUAUCUUAUCAAUACUCUCGGAUUUAAACCUCAGAACAUUAUCAUAUCCGGCGACAGUGCUGGAGGAAACCUUGUCCUUGGGCUGGUUAGAUAUCUUCGGGACAACCCUCAGAUUGGCCUCCCACUCCCUGGUGGGCUACUGCUAGUCUCUCCUUGGUGUGAUCUAGGAGAAACCCACUUGCACCAGCGCCCUGAUGGCCUCAGUGUUAAAAAUCACGAUCGACGCAGCGACUUUAUAGCUGGCGACUGGAUAUCUUCUGACUCGACGUUAAGAUACGGCAUCCGUUCAUUCCUCGGCAGUCACCUUUCCCCCACCGAUGCCAGGAAGAAUCCUUACAUAAGUCCCGCUUCGCUUGACUUGGACGAACAAAUUGUAGCCACAAUGUUUGACAACUUCCCUAGGACUUAUCUCGUUUAUGGAGAGGCCGAAAUUCUCGUAGACGAAAACAGAACGCUAUACGAACGCAUGGUCAGAAACGUUGGCCCAGAUCGGAUCGUGAAAGACGAAGUACCUGACGCGAUGCACGAUGUGUUCGCUCUUGAAAUCUGGGAACCUGAAUAUAGCGAAGCUCACAGGAGGUUUGCUUCGUGGGCUGCCUCCCUGCCUUGA